GUCACAGGCGGAGAGCUGGAGAACACAAGCGUUCAUUCACAUGCCCUCCUCUACAUGUCCCUGGUGCCGCCCAGUACAGGGCAGUGUUGCCUGAACGUCACACUGGCUGGUCGGUAUGGCUACUCCUCCCAGAUUAUCCCCAAUGCAAUGGAUCCUCCUCAUCAUCAUCUCAGCUGACAGCUCCACCACAACAGCAUUUCAAGUGACGGAGGGUAGCACUGUGAUUUUGUCUUGUCAUUACUCUGUAAAACUUCACGGUUUGAGCCACGUAUGCUGGGGACGAGACUGUGGAACCUUCUGGUGCAACGACAUCCUUGUACAAACAGAUGAGAACGGUGUGAUUUCCAAAGUUUCAGACAGGUACCGGCUCAUUGGAGACGUGUUGUCAGGACAAAUGGACCUGGGGAUCCAAAGAAUACAGCAGACUGACAGGGGACCGUACUGCUGCAGAGUGGACAUCGAAGGUUAUUUCAAUGACAAGAAGGUUUCUUAUACUCUGAAGGUCAUGAAAGCCACAACAACUGUUCCGACAACAACUUCCACCAUGCCCACCACAGAGCCACUGAAGACACAGACCUUGUCACGAGUGUCGGAUCAGCCGAGAGAGUACGACUCACCACUUUCUGACAUUUCCUGGCAAAAUGUCACCCAAGAACAUUCAGGGGUAAUGAUUGAGGAGCCUAUGUCCAGGAUCACACUACAGAUCAACAUUCCUGUGCUGUCUCUAUCUCUCAGUCUGUUGCUGCUCCUCUUAGGAGCCCUGGCCCUGUUGACCUUCAAACGUGGAUUUUAUGGGAAGGCAAUGGACAGUGGAUGCUUUUCAAAGGAGCCACGGCACAUUAUUUAUGAAAUACGGACAAGACGACCAGUGGAGGAGAACAUCUACAUUCUGGAAUAAAAGCAAAACCAAACUGAUUCUGUUUAGUUUUAAUUUCAAGGGAUAGUUCACACACACAAAAAAACUCUUUAUCUACAGCAUACUGUUAUGAAAGUGAAUGGGAACUAAAUUAAAAAAAAGUAGUAAAUAUGACUACUUUUAAGCUUUGUGUCAGUAGUGUAUAUAGAGUGGCAUUAUGGGGGAUUAGAUUGAUAUUUAAUUUCUGGGUAUUCAAAUUAUUUGGUAAAUUAUAUGUCCUACACAUUCUUUGACAGUUGUUUCCAUUACAUUGCUAUAAAUGUAUUAAGAAAUCUUCAAUGUUUACUUCAAUGUUUACUACUGUGCAAAAACUGUGUAAAUAAAUGGUGUUAAUGUUCUUGUGGUCUUACAUUUGAAGCCAUAGCAUAAAACACAAGCCAUACAUUGGGCCCUCUUUUAACGAUCUACGUGCAUUGUCUAAAGCACAUGGCACACAGUCUAAAAGCGUGUGUCCAAAUCCACUUUUGCUAAUUUAACGAUGGGAAAAAUGGUUAAAAGAGUUGUUCCUAUUCUCGUUAUGAGUAGUGGGUGUGUUUUGGGCAUAACGUGCAAAAAAUUGCUAAAAAAAAAUGCGUUAUUUUCAUUUUUAUUGAAACUAAGUUGAUACAAUUCUUACCACGAGAUGGCGCAAUUUUCCUGUUUCUUGACGUUAGGCCGAUGUUGGUUUUUGACUUCAACCCGACAUUACAGCUUGACGUCGGUCCAACGUUGGUUGAUGAUAUCAACCUGAAAUUACAGCUUGACAUCAGUCUAAAGUUGUUUUUUGACGUCAGCCUGAUUUUCAUUAAAACGCGGGACGAAAGUAAAAAAGCGAUUUUCUCCUAGCCCUGAUAACAUUUGCGUCCCAAACUAUGACCGCAUAUUAUAGGCACACAAAUCAUUGACAGAGCUGACAAAUAUCGCGUUAUUUACUCACCGUUUUCCGCGUGUAGAUCCAGAAAAGUGUUUUCAACCAUGAUAAGUAACUUAAAUUCCAAAAGCGAAUUUUUUCUUAUAACGCGUUGUGUUUCUCGUUUCAUGUGUUAAGUACUGAUCAAUCAACAGGUUAUUUAAUAACUUACUCCUAACACAUCCUGAAUUUUGACUUCUCGGAGUUUUUCAAAAUAAAAGUAAAUCGAG